UUUUUCACCCUGGAUCAGUUUGUGCUCCUGCAGGAUCAGCUGUGGCUCUGGAGUCCAAAUGUUUAUUUACUGGAUGGAUAUUACAGUUAUGGAAACUCAGAAGAAAUAAUACUGAAACUGUAACAGAUCCCAGUAAAGACUCCCGAUACAGAUAUAGUAUAUAUAAACAUUUAGUAGACUGGUGUUACCUACACAUUCAUGGUCUAAAAGAGACAGACGCUGGCACAUAUUACAUGAGCUUCGUUUACAGAGAAGGAAACACCAGAUUUACCUUAAAUAGUCCAUCAGAAUUCACUGUACAUGUCACAGAUGUUCAGGUGUCUGUGGACUCUGAUCGUGUGACUGAAGGGCAGAACGUCACACUGACCUGUAAGACCGGCUGUCCUCUGAAACAAACCUUUAUCUGGUUCAAGAACGGGCUUCAUUUGGAUCUCAGUUAUUCUGGGGAUCAGCUGCAUGUUUCUGCAGUGAGCCGUGAGGAUUCAGGACGAUACUCAUGUGCACUGAAACACUUUGAAACAUUCCCAUCUGCAGAAACACUCCUCGAUGUCACCUAUGUUGUUGUGUAUGAGAGUGCUGCAAUCAUAACAUUGUCAUCGCUCCUGAUUGCUGUCGUUCUGCUGCUGGUUUGUCUAGCUCUAUGGAUGAUAAAGAAAAAACAACAAAACCUCAAAAGACCCGAAGCAAAAGAGCAAAGCAAACAGAAUGAAAAUGUGUAUGAAAAUGCAUCAACAACGGCUGUGAACUUUGACCUGGAGGAGAAAGUAAAGUCAUUUCAUCAAGAGGAGGAAGUUCAGUACUCUUCUGUCCAUUUCAGCAAAUUUAGAAACGCAGAAUAUUCUGAAGCUUGUGAAAAGGAAGCUGAUGUCCAUUACGCUCAGAUCAGAACAACAGCAAUAAAUACUGAUAUGAUGAGCAAUAUUAGCAUUUAA